AGAGAGAGAAAGAGAGAGAGAGAGAGAGAAAAGGAGGAGGCAGGAGGCAGGAGUUGAUUUACAAGGCGCGAGGCUCCUGUCUUUUUUCCUUUCUUGAGUUUAGCCAGAAGAGAUGUGAGGUUUCCAGGGAGCGAACACGCUCUCUCCCUUUUCAGCUCUCCAAAAGUUCAGAAAACUUUUUUUUUUGGCCUUCUUCUGGAAAGAUGGGGUUUUUAAUUCCAUUCCGAGGGGGGCCUUGCUUCCAAACCGUGCUCUGAUUUUAUCUGAUUUCUUUCCCCCCAUCCCAAACCUGCUACCUUUUCCUCCCCCCCACCCCUCAAAAAACAAUUUUUUCUUUAAGAACGCCUCUCUCUCUUGUUUUUACACCUCUUCCCUCUGAAACCUACCUGCCAGGCUGUUUUAAAAUCCGGUUCUGGGGUGCUGGACCUUUCCAUCCGCUUUCAUGCUGGUUUCGGGGUUUGGAUUUUUUUUGCUGGAUUUCACGGAUCCUGCUGCUCACGGAAGAGAAGAAGCCGAUGGACUGAAAUCUUCAACUCUUUUCUGGAUUCCUGCCGUUUGGGUUAGAAAUAAAUUAUUGUUCCUUUUCUGCAUCUCUAGCCGAUAAGGAGAGAAGGUCCCCAAGUGACACAGAAAUUGGGCUAUUUUUUCCCCCACGAAGACCUCGUCUGUUUUCACCGGAUUUUUGGGAUGCUCUAGAGAAGGACCGAAUCCAGUACAAAACCUCAGGCAGAAGUUCUUCGUCAAAGGAUAUCCGUCUGAUUCUGGAUGACCUAAGAGACAACUUUGGUUCAGAGCAAAAACUCCACUGGAAAAACUAUCUAAACUUGUAGUGCUUUUGGAGGUUGGGUUUGUUUUUGUUUUUUCCCCUUGAGGAAAAAAAAAAGAAUAUUAAUUGAAGAAGCGUUGCUGUUUUGUUUUUUUAAUGGGAUAAGUCUCCAGUUUAUUUAAUGUUUUAGAGCUUCCUCUGAGCAGGCCGUGAUGCUGCUGAGGCUCCUGGUGGGCGCCGUCCUCCCGGCCCUGAUCCUGGCCGCGCCGCCUCCCAUCAACAAGCUGGCCCUGUUCCCAGACAAGAGCGCAUGGUGCGAGGCCAAAAACAUCACUCAGAUCGUCGGCCACAAUGGCUGCGAGUCGAAAUCCAUCCAAAACAGGGCGUGCUUAGGGCAAUGUUUCAGCUACAGCGUCCCCAACACCUUCCCGCAGUCCACGGAGUCCCUGAUCCAUUGUGACUCCUGCAUGCCCGCCCAGUCUCAGUGGGAAAUUGUGACGCUGGACUGCCCCAGCAAUGAGGACAUCCCUCGGGUGGAUAAGUUGGUGGAGAAGAUCCUCCACUGCAGCUGCCAGGCCUGCGGCAAGGAGCAGAGCCAAGAGGGGGCGCUCUUCAAUAUCUACCCAAAUGCCGAGGAAAACCUGCCUGGGGAGGGGCCCAACCCUCACCCCUACGGCAGCCACCACCACCAGCACCACCAACACCACCAAGCCGAAGAAGCCUCCAACCCACACCGGCGCCAAAAGGAAGACAACGCAGACUGAGGAUCUGAUCCCCUUUAGGACUUCCCAGCCAGCUGAGGCUGCCCUACCUGUGUUUUUCCUCCCUCUGUCUUUCUCUCUGUCUCUCUCUCUCUCUCUCAGACAUCCAUCAUCUUGCUUGGCUCUUAAGAGACACUCCCAAAAGUCAUAACUGUCCUGAUGAAAGCUGGACCCUUUUUUUGAAGGAAGCCAAAGGGGACAUGAGAAUGAUGGGGUGGCAAAGUCAAACAGGGUUAGGCUGGGAGGGAAGAGCGAUUGUUGAAUUGAUGGCCUCACACAUGGCAAUAACAUAUUAAGGGAAAAGUGACACUCGAAGGGAGAAAUGUGUGGGAACCCUUGGAAUGCAGAAAGGGGGGGAUCUUUUUAUUUUGAGGUCAAACUGGCACGUA